CCCGUUUGUUUGAUUUGUACAAGAAUGCACGCUUCUCUUCGUGCGCAAAAUCCUGUAUCUGAUCUAUCUUAUAUCGCGAUAUUGUUGGCUGGAACUGUUGGCUGGCUUGCUGUUGGCUGGCUUAUUGUUGGCUCACUUGACAUAGGCGUCUAUGGUUCUGCUGCAUUCGCGCGGAUACUACCGGUAUUAUAUACCAAUAGCAAUACAAUCAAUUUCUGCGGCGGCGACGCGACCACCAAGUCCAAGACAGAGUCAGAGUGAGACUAAGUUAGUCUAUACUAGACUAGGACCUAUAGCUUUAUCCUGUUUUGGCUAUUCCUGAUAUAGAGUGGAAGGAGAAGGGAUAAAGAUGGCUGCUCCUGAAACUUUGCACCCUCCCGAGAUUGUCCUGGACUUAACCUAUGUACCCAUCGUGGUCUAUUCAUUCAUCCUCUGUGGCAUAGCCUUAUGCGUCUCUCCCUAUCUUUCUUGGUGGUUUGUACCGACAUAUAGAAACAUCAGUAUCUAUGAACGGUUCGACUGGAAUUCAAGGAUUCUCUCAAUGUUCCAUGCCAUCUUAGUCAGCAGUCUAGCUGUGUAUAGCUCUCUCUUUGAUGUACCUACAUUUGAGGAUAAGAUAUGGGGAACAUCUUUCAUCCCGAGAGCAACUAUCGCUGUGACAACAGGAUACAUCUCUGCUGACAUGAUACUCAUGUUUGUUGGCUUCCCAAUCAAAGAGUCAAUCUUCUAUAUCUUUCAUCAUCUUGCUGUAGUUGGUGCAUUCACAGCUAAUGUGUUGUAUGGACCUCUUACUUACUUUGGAAAUAUUCGAGUCAUUGCUGAGGCUUCUACUCCAUUUGUUAAUUUAAGAUGGAUGCUCUACUUAUUAGGAUAUAAAGAUACUAAGCUUUAUCUUUACAAUGGCUUUGUAAUGCUUGGAGUUUUCUUUGCGGUUAGAGUAGGAAUACUUCCAAUCUUCUACUACUAUAUGCUAAGAUCGUUUUUCAUAGAAGGGUUCCAGAGAAUGCAGCUAUGGGUGACCUUAACCUGUCUCAUAUGCAGUGUUGGCUUGGAUAGUAUCAACAUGUACUGGUUCUUCAAGAUGGCCAGAGGGGCAUACAGGAUGCUAAAAAAGAAAUCUACUGCCAAGGAUAAGACAGCUAAAAAUGACAGUUCUGAUUCACAUAUAAAGGGACAGUGACGUAGCAAUUUCCGUCACGAUUUUGGCAAGUACAAGGUAUUUUCAUUGAUGUUUAUGAUCCACAGAAUACAUGUAUGGUAUAUAUUUGUUUAAAAGACUUGCCAUGGUAUUCGCUCGCGGACAGAGUUGUCAUUUUAACGCCUGAUGGAAGUUUUUAGAAUCGAUCGGUGUGAAACUGAGGAGUGGGUAUUUAUUUGAAUACUCCUUGGUCUCCAAGCAAAGGACAUCCCCUUAGCUUCUACCCCCAAAUGCCACACCUUAAAAAAUAAAAUAAAAAAUAAAAAUCAGCAAACAAUGUCUGAAGUCCAUAUAAUGAUGGCUGGAUAUGAUAGCUGGUCAAUCGCCAUUCUUGUUUGUGAUCAUAUGAACAUUAAUUUUGCAAAUAGAAUUAAUCAGUGAUUAUUAAAGGAAAUGGGUAGGCCUAUUGUGCAUGUACCUUCUACAGAGUCAAAGAUUUUAUUAACAUGAGGCCGACUUUAUGCAAGAUUUACUGAUACUUUUUUGGCAAUGUGGUUUAAUUUGUAAUUUGAUUUUUAAGUCACUUUAAUGAAAUCUAUUAGGCCGAUGCCGUGUUUUGAGUAGGUUUUACAUGAUUUUUUUACUUUUAUAUUUCAUAUAUUUAAUGAAAAUUUCAUUGAUUUUGAUAUUUUAUAAAACACACAAGGAAAAAUGAAAAAAAAAAAAUAUGCAUGUAAACAGUAUGCAGUGUACUUUGUGUGGGAUAAGGACAAUGCACAGUGAAUUUUGAUUUUUUUUUUCUAAGCUGAAUUUUUAUUUUACUUUCAAUUUGAUAUGGGUGUAUCAAUUAUCCUAUAUAGAGCAUGUACAUCUUUGUUAGUAUUAUUUUUAACAGCUUUAACCCUAAUAAGACUGGGGGGGGGCUGAUUCAGCCCCCCUCCACAUUUUUCGCGAUAAAUCCGCCGCGCAAUUCUUUUGACUGCGUCGCCCGCUGUCUUCUCGUGUAACUUUUUUAGACCAAAAAUUGCAACCACGGGCACGCGGUUUCAAAAUUAUGCAACAUUUUAUAAUUGCAUGCAGACACAAAAUUGCUCAAACACAUGAUUUUGUGUAUAAAUCCAAUGCACAUCGUGUUUUUAGUAAAAAAUCUUCAAAAAUUUAUCCUUAUUUUUCCUUUUACUGAUUAAAAUCAAUUAAUUUCAUCUUGUUUAUGGUCAAAAUAAACAAGUGCCAUUGAAAAAACAAUAAAUAACAAGAGUAAGAAGAGAUUUGAGUGGUGGCAAGUGAGCGUUUCUUAAACCUAAAAUAGACUGGGCUAUUUCGACGCCUAAGAAGACGCCUUGUGAUCUCGGCCGUCGAUCAUGCAAUCACGACGAAAAUUGGCACACGCUUUACCCAUGGCAUAAUCUACAAAAUUAUAAGAUCAAAUUCUGUGAAAAAUCUCAUUGCUAAUUAUUGUGGUAUAUGCUAAUCUAUGCAUAAAAUCAGAAGUUUAAGUUUGCUCAAAUUAACUAAAUGCCCCUAAAAUGCUAUUUUUGGUACACAGACUCUUAAUAGGGAUCUGAUCAAAUUUCAACAUCACAUUUAUUUUCUUUCAUUGUUUUCUUAAUUUCUUAUGUAUUUCUUUGUUUUAUCGAAAUAGAAAUUGUUGGGGACUUUAUUUUGACCAUAAACAGGAUGAAAUUAAUUGAUAUUUAUCAGUAAAAGGAAAAUGAUAAUGCAUUUAGAAAUUUGGGCUAAAAACACUAUUUGCAUUGGAUUUGUACAAUAGAUCUUGGCCGCGGCUCAUGUGAUCACUGAUUCACUAAAUAAAUCUAUCAGAAUGCUAAUUUUUUGUGUGUUUUUUUACAGCUUUUCCUAACAAUUGUAGGUAAAAAAAUGCUACACAUACAUGUUAAUGUCCCGAGUGCAUCAGCUUGUAUAAUAAUCCAGGUAUUGAAGGUAUCUAUUAAAAUGAUAAUCUGGCUAUAAUAAAUUAAUUCAAAGUAGGGGGGGGGGGCAGCAAUUAACCCUGAAGACAAGACUAUGUGCUUUUAACUUUAUCCUGCAGACAAAACUAUGAGCUUUAAACUUUAUCCUGAAGAAAAAACUAUGAGCUUUAAAUUGUAUCCUGCAGACAAAACUAUGAGCUUUAUUAUUUGGACCCAUCUCACAGCCAAGGGGGACGGAUUCCGCCCCCCCCCCCCCCCCGAGAUAUCGGCCUUCAAUCGCGCGAGUGCCGUGAACAUUUGCACAGUGGUAGUGUGCGAUAUAAUCUACAAGGCUGUAUGGUUAAUUUUGUUGAAAUAAAGAUUUUUCAUGUAAUGAAUUAAUUAUGCUAAUUUAUUCAUGAAAGAAAACAUUUGCUCCAAUCAACUAUCAUACGGUCUCAAAACAGCUAAUUUUUUAUUCAGACUCUUUGUAUGAUCCCAAUCAAAUGUUCUUCAAAAAAAUUUGGUAUCGCAAUUUUUUUCUUAUGUAUUUUAUUAUUUUUUUGAUUUCUUAUGUAUUUCCUUGUUUUUUUAAAUUUCUUAUGUAUUUCCUUGUUUUUUCGAUGGAAAUGGUUGCAGACUUAAUUCUGAUCAUAAACAAGACAAAAUUGAUUAACUUUAUUCAGUAAAAGUAAAAAUAAUGAUACAUUUAUGAAUUUUGGCUAAAUACACUAUUUCCAUUGGAUUUGUACUGUACAUGAAUUCACCUUUUUGAGCAGUUUUGGGUCUGACAUGCACUUAUAUAUGUUGCGUAAUUUCGUAACCGCGUACCUGGGCAUCGCAAAUUUGGUCUCAAAAGUUGUGCAAGAUUUGAAAGUAAAAAGUCAGCGAGCGGCGUGGUUGACAAAAAUUUUGCGCGGCGAAUUUACCCCCCCCCCCCCCGGCCUUUUAGGGUCGAACUCAAAACUGUAUUCUGCAGACAAGAAUAUGAACUUUAAACUGUCUUGGCCUGUACUACGGAGCCAUUAUUGAGAUAGCGCUCCCCAGUUUCAUGCAUAGAGCAUUCAGAACAAGUCUACUUUAUAUCUAGUUUUGCAGAUGUGCUGCAUGAUACAUGUACUUGAAUAACAUGUAGAGUACAAAUUAUGAAAUGCAAUUCUGAAAUGUAAAUGCGGGAUGUGAAUUUGUAAUACAUAAUUUAUGAUUGACAUGCAUGUGUAUAUAUUGUGAUAUUUUUUUAAGACAAGGAUCAGGCAGGAUGUAAAUUUUCAUUGAUUUCCAUCUUUUUGUAUAAAAUGUUUCCAUAUUAUAUGUUGUGUGAAGAGUAUGGACAAUGUAUACGAGUACCUGUACAUUGUAUCUCAGGACAUUUGACAGAUUUUAUAUAAUUCUUAAUUUAAUGAUGAAUGACAAUACGCAAACUUUAAUAAACUUAUAUGUGUUACCACAUUC